AUGAGAUCAGCAGCUCUCCGAGGUUCAAAUUUUGCCAAUGACAAGUCCUUGUCCCGUAUCGAGCUGGCUCAGAUAUUGUUCCAAACUAUGACCGACAAAUAUGUCCAGAAGGGCCUCAAAGUCUGUGUUGGCUUGGUUUGCUUUGGAGAGAAGAUCACGGUCAAUUUCAUGCCUUCCAACAAGGAGUCGGACAUUAGCCAAUGGCGUGUGUUGUUGAAGGGUCCAGCCGGCACACCCUACGAGGAGGGAUACUUCCUCGUCAGUGUCGAGAUUCCUACCGCAUAUCCAACCACUGGACCUACUUUAACAUUCGUCACUCAGAUCUACCAUUGCAACAUAAGUAACGAUGGUUCCAACUGUGCACCUCAAUUGAUGUCCGAAAGAUGGAAUCAAACAAUGACGGUACACAAGUUGGUGUUGGCAUUGUUGUCAUUGUUGACCUGUCCUCUUCCAGACUCCGCUUUGGAUACUACAAAGGCCGCCCAGUUCGGUGACAACAUUGAUAUUUAUAACCAAAAGGCCAGAGAAUGGACUGCCCAACAUGCCGCUGGAACUUUGGAGCAGAAGAAGCAACAAUAUCAAUUGGAAUGA